CUCUUGAUGGCCAAAUCACGGGAGGAACAACACCCAGUGAAGGCAGUUGGAUGGGCAGCCAGGGACUUGUCUGGCGUCCUGGCACCCUUUAAAUUCUCCAGAAGGGCAACUGGAGAGAAGGAUGUGACGUUUAAAGUGUUGUAUUGUGGCAUCUGCCACAGCGACCUCCACCAGGUCAAGAACGAAUGGGGCAUCAGAACUAUCCCGUUGUCCCUGGAGGUGGGGGGCAAAGUGCAGAAAUUCAAAGUUGGAGACAAAGUUGGAGUUGGGUGCCUUGUCGGAUCAUGUCAUUCAUGUGAAAACUGUGCUAAUGAUCUCGAGAACUACUGUCCCAAGGGCAUACAGAGACAUACAACGGCACUUACCACGAUGGUACCCCCACGUACGGAGGCUACUCCGACAUCAUGGUAUGUGAUGAGAGCUUUGUCAUUCGCAUUCCAGAAAACCUCCCUCUGGACGCUUGUGCUCCUUUUGCUCUGUGCUGGGAUCACAACUUAUAGCCCACUUAGGUAUUUCGGACUUGACAAACCUGGCAUGCAUGUGGGCGUGGUUGGUCUUGGUGGCCUUGGCCAUGCAGCUGUUAAAUUCGCCAAAGCUUUUGGAGUGAAAGUAACGGUGAUAAGUACCUCUCCUAACAAGAUGAAGGAAGCAACUGAGCGUCUCGGUGCUGACUCCUUUUUGGUCAGCCGUGAACCAGAUCAAAUGCAGGCUGCAGUGGGCACAAUGGAUGGUAUCAUUGAUACCGUCUCCGCACCUCACCCUCUGUUGCCAUUGAUUGGCCUAUUGAAGUCUCACGGAAAGCUGGUCAUGGUUGGUGCACCAGAAAAGCCACUUGAUCUUCCAGUGUUUCCUCUGCUAUUGGUUUCUUGGUCGUGGCGUUGGGAUGACAGGGAGAAAAAUAGUGGCUGGGAGUUGCAUUGGGGCAUAAAGGAGACGCAAGAGAUGAUCGACUUUGCAGCCAAACACAACAUAACGGCAGACAUUGAGCUUAUUCCGAUGGAUUACGUCAACACUGCAAUGGAGCGACUGGUGAAGGCUGAUGUUCGAUACCGAUUUGUCAUAGACAUAGGCAACACUCUGAAGGCUGCUUAA